ACUUUAGAAAGUUUAGCUAUUUAUUUGAUCAUUAUAUGAAUUUCCUUUGUUUCAGGGAGAUAGCUAAGCGUGGAAUACUGGAGAAACAGACAGUCUUAGAAUCUACAGUACAGAAGUACCAAGCUGAGCUGGCCGCAGCUUCCUCUAACAGUACAGCCAAAGAGAUCCUUAUCAACAAGCUAGACGAACAGGUGAAGUCCCUGCAUGAACAGAUUGAACAAAGAGACAAAAAGAUCAAGAAUUUGGAAUCUCGUUUGGUUCUGGCCAUCAAAGAAUCCAGAAAGGCAACCUUUAGGAAUGACAGUUUCGCUCUGUCUGACAGUGUGAACUCCUCUCCGAGCAAACGACCAGACAGUCGUGUCAGUCGACACUCGGACAGUACGUCCAGCGACCUCUCUCUGACCCGAUCGGCCUCACAAAAGGGAGGUAACUCAUUCAGACACUCCUUAAGGAGGUCAGAAGGGGGACAAGACAAUAGCAGGAUCAAAAAAGACACAGCCAGUGUGAGGCAUCCCAUGAGACUAAGUGUUGAUUAUGGGGAGGACAGAUUUCAGAUGGUGAAGUCUCCAUUACCUGAUAAAAGAAAUGCUUGUUCUGUGAUGUGAUAUAGUAUAAACAGGAUAUUUAAUUGGGGAAUCAAGUGUUUGUUGUAUGUAUGGGCAUUCAUAACUAUCUGGGUGUUAAAGAAAGUGAAAGAGAUUUCUAGGCAUUAUUUGUUAUUGAAUAAUAUAUUUUUUUUUAAAAAUGAGAGAGAGAGAGAGAGAGAUACAGAGAUUUAUGGGCAUCACUUAUUGACUGUUAUUAACUAUCGUAUAAGUAGAAAUUUUAGCGAGACGCAAAUUUAGCGAUUUCUACCUAAAAUAUGGUAUUUUAUUUUUAGCGAGAAGUAAUUUUAGCGAUUUUGAAAUGCUAACUUACUAAAUAAGGUAUUACAAAUAAUACGCAAUUAAUUUUUAGCGAUAUUCAAUUUUAGCGAUUUCAGAACCCUUGCUAAUAAUGCCAAAAUUAAAUCCUCGCUAAAAAUUCUACUUAA